AUGGACGCAUCGCUGCCACCCGAGCUGCCAAGUGUCCUGGAUCCCGAGGCUUGCUGUGGUGCAUGUUUGCUGAAGCUCAAUGACGGCGCGGUCGACGGAGCGGCGGAGGCCUCUGCAUCCGUUGCAAGCCGCUGCUCCGAACGCUUGCGGUUGCGAGCAAAGGUAGCGGCAGCCCUCGAGGGCUGCCUGCAUCUCUUCCACUUGCGGUGCAUCCAAGUGUGGGCUGGAGUGGAGAACUCUUGCCCACAGUGCCGCUUCCGCUUUCGCCGCUUCGGCGAGUACAGCCUCGUGUCCGGUCAGCGAAGGAGAAUAUGUGAAGUGCAGCACCGCGAUCAGGUCGGCGACUCCAGCGCCGAGUCCGACAUCACGUGCGAUGUGUGCGGAGGAGCCGGCGAGGCAGAACUAUUGCUCCUUUGCGAUGGAUGGCGAGGGCGAUGCCCCGGCGCGUGCCACACGUUCUGCGAUGGCUUGGGCCGGACAGUCCCCAGUGGACGUUGGUUCUGCCCGGCAUGUCGCAGCCGCCAGCAGUCUCGCACUCCUCGGCCGGCCCCGAAGGAGCGCCCAGGGCAUGGUAAGGGUCGUGGAAAGUCGAGACAUGCGCGGCAAGCUGAGGCCUUGCUUAGCGCACAGGUUCCGCAGGCAUCGUCGGCCACCUCCAGAACUAGUGCGACGGCAGCUGUCGCAGAAUCCGAGAGCUCCGAAGCUCGGCCAACGAAGCGACCGCAGGCUUCGCCGAUGCAGGUUGACCUGAAAAGAGAUCCCGACGAAGCCAUCAGCACGCAGUCGAUCAAGCGCGAAGUUAGUGCCCCAACCCUCGCAGCCGCGGCUGCAGAGAGAGUGCUUCCAAGACAUCCUGCAGAAUCGGAGCUUUUGGAGCUUGGCGGUUUCCUCCCCGAAGAGACACCGAAGCCGCCGCACGCUUUCGCCAAGCUUAAUCCGAGCGACGCAUCCAUCGACCUGGACAGUGACGAGGCCCCGGAAGCACCGCCCCCACCACGCCGUCCCUACAGCAUCCUGCAGCUCCCCCAGCAAUUUGAGGCCUGCGCGGAACAGCUGCGCAAAUUUGCCUCAACAUAUUUCCUGUGCGAGCGGAGCAUGCCCCUGGCGGCCCGCACUGCAGAACGUAUGUGGCAGCUUUCGCAGGUGGGGGACUGCCCACGUGGACUGGCAGACGACAUCGAGACUCGUUACCGCCAGCUACUCCAUGUCGCAAGGGACAGCUUCGAACUCUUCUGGCAAUCUUCUUUGGAUCCGGCUGACGAUGACCCAUGUGGGCUGCGGUGCUUGCGGAAGAAGGAGCAGCCUCUCCUGUGCGUGCGCUACAAAGGCAGGCGAGGGAAGCGUGGCCGCAUUCGACCCUCAGACAUUGUCCGCUGUGAGCUCCAGUGCCGCCGCAGGCUGCUCGAGCUUUUGGAUGGCGGCUGUGGCCCAGGAUCCAGGUUACCACUUUGCGAGCUGCCGCCCCGGGAGGGAGAACUCCAAAAUCUUCCCAGAGCGGCGCAACUGUCAGGCGACAACAUCCCACCUGCUCGCGCGGCCGUUGCAGUGGACAGACUCCCGGGCACCGCAGGCGCAAAGCCCCGGCUGGACGGCAUCAAUCUUCUCGAGAGCCUCAAGGCGGAGCCUUGGUACGUGGGCCAGGCAGUGCAUGUGGCGCAAGUUGGGUCGCGAGCCGCGAAUUUCGCCUACCCGAAUGCUGAGCUGCACCCUCUUUUGAAGGAGGUGCUGCGCGGGGUCUUGCAGGAUGCGGGCUCUGAUGGCUUGAAGCUGUACAGCCAUCAGGCAGAAGCCAUUGAUUCCAUCAUGAUCCAGAACAAAGAUGUGGUGAUCAGCACUUCUACCGGGAGCGGGAAAUCUCUGGUGUAUGUGGUGGCCAUUUUUGAGGCCCUGCUUCGCGAGGAGAAUGCAACAGCCUUCCUGAUUUUUCCGACCAAGGCUUUGGCACAGGACCAGCUUCGCUCUUUGAGCAGCGUGGCGCAGGGGCUCUCCCAGCGCGGAGUUGCACCGGAGAGGCUCGCGAUAGCCUGUCUGGAUGGUGAUACGCCUAGUGCUGAACGAAACCGCGUUCGAUGCGAGGCCCGGGUCGUGCUGACCAACCCGGACAUGCUGCACAGUCAUGUUCUUCCCCAACACGUGGAAUACGCUCGGCUCUUGCAGAAUGCCCGCUUCAUCGUGCUGGACGAGGUCCACAUCUAUCGCGGAGCUUUCGGAGCGCACGUAUGCAGCAUCAUUCGGAGGCUCCGUCGUCUCGUGGACGAGGCUUCCCUGCGUUUUGUGGCUUGCUCUGCAACGGUGGCAAAUCCAGGGGAGCACGCGCAGCGCCUCUUUGGCCCCGGCCGCGGGGAUGUGGCCGUCGUUGCACGAGAUGCUUCCCCCAGCGGUGGUCAUGUCUACGUUCUGUGGAAUCCGGCGUCCUUGGUCAAAGGGCCUGCAGCGGCUGGGCAGCAGGAGGCAAAAUCCUCACCUCCAGCGGCCAAGCGGAUGCGCACCGAGGCGAUGGCAUCAUUGGACGCUGUGCAGAUCGGAGACGGGGAGGAGCUGGUGUUGGGAAACUACAACCAGAGUUUGGCAUCACCUAUUGUGGAAGUGACACGCUUGCUCGCGUGGCUGGUUUCUCGCGACGUUUCUGUUUUGGCAUUCUGCAAAUGGAGGAGUCUUGUAGAAAUCGUUCUCCAGGAUGUCAAAGAUGCCCUGAACGCAAGUGAGGCUCCUCAGCUGAGUUCCCGUGUCGUCUCCUACCGCGCUGGCUACCCUGCCCAUCUGCGUCGCCAGUUGGAGCGAGACAUCUUCUCGCGCCAGGUCCUCGGAGUUGCCUGCACAAACGCACUCGAGCUUGGCAUCGACAUCGGCCGUUUGGACUGCACGAUCUCUUUGGGAUUCCCAGGCAGCGUGGCAUCUCUCCGUCAGCAAUUUGGCCGGGCUGGGAGAGCGGGGCAUCCUGGGAUCUCUUUCUUUGUUGGCUUCGAAGACCCUGUGGACCAGCACUUCAUGAACCGACCGCGGGAGCUGUUGGCACGACGCCCCGAGUCUGUGGCCGUUGCACCAAGCAAUCCAGCCGUGCUUCGCGGCCACUUGCCGUGCAUAGCUUCUGAGCGAAAGAUCAAGGCCGAGGAUGCCAGGUUCUGGCACGAGGGCGACGAGAAUUCAGCCUGGCAAGCGGCAGUGCGGAAGUGCAUUGCCGAUGGGGAUUUGGAAGAGCAGCGCGAGGACAGUGGCCUUGCCCUGGUUCCGACCCGCCGCUGGGCCACGCGUCCAGGAGGACCCCACCGAGCCGUCUCCAUCCGUGCCGUGGAGGACCACUUCGAGGUGGUGGAAGAAGUGGCAUCGCAAGAGGCACCGGUCCAUGAAGAAGGCGGUUUCCUCCAGGAACAAAGUCGAAGUUCGCUGGCUGCCGGCGCAGUGACUGCUUUCCGCAAGCUGGAUGAGAUCGAUAUCUCCAAGGCCUUCUACUCGCUGCAUCCGGGCGCAGUCUAUCGUUACCGCGGCUCCGAGUACUUUGUCACCAAUCUUGAUCUGAAACGUCGCCGUGCGACGGUGAAGAAAUGUGAGACACCUUUGGCCUAUUACACGCGGGCCUUUGAUCACACCGAGAUCCGGAUCCACACGCGCGAGAAGCACGCAACCUCUGGGCCGGCGAAGCUUUUCCUGGGUAGAGUGGAAAUGGAGAGCCGCGUGAAGAGCUUCAAGAGAUUCUGGAAAUCACAAGACGUGCAGCAAGAUCCCGAAGUUGAGCUAAGUCUGCCGAGCUGGGGGUACUGUACGCGCGGCUUAUGGUUCGAAGAUCCUGUCGGCAUAGCUCGCCGGCCUGCCGCUUGGAAAAGAGAGGCUGAAGCUUCGAGCGAAUCGGCGCAGCAGUCCGGAGAGCAAUGGCAAUGGGGCUGUGGGUGGGCUGGGGCACAUGCCGCCAUGCACGCACUGCUUCAUGUCAUUCCGCUUUUCGUAUUGGCGGAUCGGCGAGAUCUUGAUGCCGCUUGUGUGGAUGAGCACGAGACGCCCCCAAUGGACCACCCGCGCCUCAUGAUCUUCGAUGCCAAGGACGAGGGCCUUGGCCUUUGUGACGCGGCCUUUUGCCACGGCUUCGCAAUGCUCCGAGAGGCGCGACGCCUGGUAGAGGACUGCCCGUGUCAGCACGGAUGCCCUUCCUGCAUCAUCGACCCACAUUGCCGAGAGUACAAUCGCUUCCUCUCCAAGCGUGGGGCCCUCGAGUGGCUGCAAGGGCUGGAGUCUGGCAAUCCCACAACGGGCGACGCGGCCACAACUCUUCCUGAGAACUUCCAUUCGGCCGUAUCAGCCUUCGAAGGAGCAGGAAUGGAGCCAAGCAAGUCCGAGCAAGUUGUGAGGGUGCAAGUGGAGGCGACAUUGAAUCACGAGCAAAGCUACGAACUGCUGAAGCUGCUUCACCUGCUUGAAGAUUUGGAUGACAUCGGCGAAAUUCACCACAAUGCGGUCUUGGCCGAUGAUGUUGAGCUCAAGUUUAGCAACUACGGCGUUCCCUUGGCAUACAAGAGCGCCUACAAGGAGUGA